AUGAACCGUAUGGAUGGAGACGACGGAGACUAUGUCAUUGAAGUCCUCGUCGCCAAGGCCGACUGGCAUGAGGACGUCAAAGCCGAGACGAAGAAAAGACUUCAACGCAGCUGCCCUGAACACAGCGACAAGACCAAAGGCAUCUCUGGAGCGCAGCUGAAGCUAUCCAGAGGUUCUAAAUCACCACAGGAGGGGCGCGUCCAGAGGAUCCGGAUUCGAUCAGAGACGAUCCUUCGUGCUCUAGGAUCUCUAUCCGAGUGUGAGAAGAUAGAAACCGAACCAACGCUGGAGUUUUGCCGCCCCUUUCGGAUUCUUGAAGAUUUACACGGCGACAUGAAAAGAAAGUUGGUCGAGAUGGAGGAUGCACAGAAACCCGAAGGCAAUUCACCUAGCACGGCCGAUGAGGCCGACAGAAAGUCGGACAGAUCAACCGAGACUGCUUUGGAACACAUGCGAUGCUACGUCGACUUCGUGGAGCAGGUGGUACUACCUAUCCGCAGCCAGUUCCAAAACCAGGACAAGAAAGCACAUCGCCGUGUCAGGUACGAAGAAAUCCCAUAUCUCUUCCGCCCUGGGUCACUGGCCUUCCUACCUCUCGCCCAGUCGGGCCAAACUCUUCACCGAUCUGCUGCGCAACAGGUGUGGAGGAUGGCCUCAUGCAUUGUAUCGGACCAUUCUAUCGCGUUCGACGAAGCGAAAGGAUAUUUUCGCGAAAAUGCCGGUCAGACAUCGUGGGGUAUGUAUUGUCUCGACUUUGACGGCGAGAAGCUGUUGCCAGUUUGGACCAAUAUCGAGUUCGAUUUCUUCAAUGGCGAGCGAGAUAUUACGUCCCUCAAGUGCUACCCUCUGGAAUUCCACCCAAACUAUGCUGCACUCCUCGAGGAACAAAAAAGAUUGGGACGAACCUUCAAGUCGUGCAUUGCAGAGAGUGUGAGGCAUCUCUACUACUCAGGGUGGACUUUCAUCGCAGGCAUUCGGGCAGAACCCUUGGUGGACGACAAGGGAGAACCCGUCAACUAUCCUGAGUACAUCGAAAGUGAAGUUGUUAUUGACUUCAAGGAGACUCUUCGGAACUGCCCUAAAUGGGAGACCAGCGUCGUCGAAUGCAACUCACGUAGUACAUGGUGGGAAACGGAGUACGCUGAAAUAGAACUCUUGGUCUGGGAAGAGUAUCCCAAUGGUUUGGGUGGUUUCAGGCGCUCCAGAUCCUAUGACUUCCCCAUUCUUUCCCGAGAGGACACGUUAUACAGCCGAGAAGCAAAGGAAUGGGCUGCUAAUGAUAAAUUCAUUGCCAGGGAGGGCGCUAUCGCUAUCAAAGACGAUGAGUGGACAGAUGAAGACCUGGCUCUUCUACCAAAGCGGCUAUUCGGCUAUGUCUUGAGGGAGAGAAGGUUCGCCCGCCUCGAAGUCCAAGGCAUCAACUUGAAUUCGCAACAGAGCCGUAUCACACUGCAGGAUAUUCAGAUGCCCGAGCCCCGCAGAACGAUGAUCAGGUCGGCAGUCUCGGCUCAUUUCAAGGCACGGCAGAAAGAGAAGCAGGGAGUGUCAACCAUUCAGCUCGACGUUGUCCAGGGAAAGGGGAAGGGGCUCGUGAUUCUUCUUCAUGGAGCUCCCGGCGUUGGUAAAACGGCCACGGCCGAGGCGGUCGCAAUUGAGAACGGCAAGCCGCUUUUCCCCAUCACCUGUGGCGACCUGGGAUUCUCGCCCAGCGCAGUCGACAAGUCUCUACGAGACACAUUCCGUUAUGCCCACUUAUGGGACUGUAUUUUGCUCCUUGAUGAGGCCGACGUCUUCCUCACGCAGCGAGAUCGGAACAGUGGCAACUUGGAGCGCAACGCCCUCGUAGGAGUGUUUCUCAGAGUCUUGGAGUACUAUAGUGGAAUCCUCUUCCUCACCACAAACCGAGUGGGAGCCCUUGACGAAGCCUUCCGCUCGCGCGUGCACUUGAGCCUCUGCUAUCCGCAUCUAAGCCUGGACGACACCCUCGCGAUUCUCCAAUCCAACUUGAAUCAUCUACCCAGGAUUGAGCAUGCAACGGACAAGUCUUCCAAUAACGGAUACAUCGGGGUUCUAGACGAACCCAUCAGGAAGUUCGUGGAGGACGAAUAUAGAAAAUACUCGAGGGCGAACAAAAAGAAAAAGGGACCCUGGAACGGGCGCCAGAUCCGCAACGCGGUGCAGAUUGCCGCUGGCCUCGCCUUGUACGACAAAGAGACGUCAGGCAAAGACAACGGCCUGCCAGCCAUCCUGACCGCCGAACACUUCCGAUCUGUAGCGGAAACGACAUCGGAAUUUGAGGCCUACUUGAAGUCCGCCAAAAAGGGCGAUGAGACAUUUCAAGCCAGAGUGCGUGGGGAUCGAGACGAUGACUUUCAGGAGGAGGAGGCUGAGGAGUACGCCCGCUAUCGGGCCAUUCUGAUGCUGAACCAUUUGGAGGGCAACCGAGGCCAAAAUUGA